AUGGAGGAGUCGCCGGAGUGGCAGGCCCAACUGUGGAUGGCCGAGGAGGAGGAGCAGCAGCUGUGGGAAAACCCAGGGUACCCACCCACGCCAAGGUAUGCGCCCGAGCCCUGCAUCCCGCCGCAAGAAGUGGCAGACGUCUGGGCGUCCUCACCUCCGCGGUGGCUGCCCGAAAUCCCGCCCACACCGCGGUACGAGGGGUCACCACAGUGGACGCCAGCACGACCGCCCACGCCGAGCACCCGGACGUUCGUGGCCGAAGGGGUAAGGUGGCGGCAGCAGACGGUUGUCUGGACUUGGCCGGAGGGACCCGCGGAGGAGACGGCGGCGACGGAGGAGCCCCGAAUCUGGGAAGAGAGUGGUCCCCGGGUGAGCCCGCUGCAUCCCAGGACCCGCGGUAGACCGGAGCAUUGGGCCCCACCGACGCCGAGCACCGGACCAACGACGCCAAGGACAGGGCCAUCGACGCCAAUGCCAACCGGGAGCGCGACGGCAACCGCGGAGCCAAAUGAGCCGCUGGAGCGAGGACCCUGGAUGUGGCCUGAGCCCGUGGAAAACGGUCGUCCUCCGCUCAAGCGGCAGCACUCGGCGCCCGAAGUGUCCGAGGUGGUGGCACGGCCGAAAUUGUCGCGGACGGUGUCGGCGCCGGAGGGCCAGCGAUGGCGAGAGAUCGCGGAGCAUGAGUGGCCCGAAGGGAUCGCGGAGGCACCGGUGGUAAAAGAGGCUCGCAUCCUGGGCGGCAUGCGCAGCCCGGUCAUCAGCUCCGACAGCGACGUCGAGUUGUCGGAGGACCCGCGGGUGGAGCAGCGGCGAUGGCGGCUUCGAAAAGCGGUCAACCGGGCCGACGGACGCAUCCCGACUGGCGCUGCGGAGGUGGAGUGGGCCAGCGAAGAGACGCCCCAGGACCAGCUGGCUCCCAGUAGCCAUGCCGAGACUGUGGUAGCGGCGACGUGGGAGUUUCGACGAAAGUGGCGGCAGCAGACGGUUGUCUGGACUUGGCCGGAGGGACCCGCGGAGGAGACGGCGGCGACGGAGGAGCCCCGAAUCUGGGAAGAGAGUGGUCCCCGGGUGAGCCCGCUGCAUCCCAGGACCCGCGGUAGACCGGAGCAUUGGGCCCUACCGACGCCGAGCACCGGACCAACGACGCCAAGGACAGGGCCAUCGACGCCAAUGCCAACCGGGAGCGCGACGGCAACCGCGGAGCCAAAUGAGCCGCUGGAGCGAGGACCCUGGAUGUGGCCUGAGCCCGUGGAAAACGGUCGUCCUCCGCUCAAGCGGCAGCACUCGGCGCCCGAAGUGUCCGAGGUGGUGGCACGGCCGAAAUUGUCGCGGACGGUGUCGGCGCCGGAGGGCCAGCGAUGGCGAGAGAUCGCGGAGCAUGAGUGGCCCGAAGGGAUCGCGGAGGCACCGGUGGUAAAAGAGGCUCGCAUCCUGGGCGGCAUGCGCAGCUUCCACGGGGCGUUUAAGUUUGGCAAAUUUUAUCCGGGAAAAUCGGUCGAUCUGCGCAUGACCGUCGGAUCCCACUCCACGAAUUCGAUUUACGCCUUGGACACUUUUCCGGCGGAAAACUAG